AUGGAAAAAAAUCAACAACAAGAAUCAGAAAUGGUAAAUAAUAAUAAUCAAAUUAUAAAUUCAAUUGAAGAACCUAAAAUUGGUUCAAAAAAUAAAUUGAAUGUGAAGAAAAGUCCUUCAAAAGAAUUUAAAAAGAACCCUUUAAAGAAGAAAAAUAAAAAAGAAAAGUUUUUAAUAGAUACCAUUGCAAGACAUUUACACUUUAACAAUGGAGAGUGGGCUACUAAUGAAAGGGUUUUAACAAAGGCUCUUGAAAUAGUUAUUGAGUAUAAUAACUUAUAUUAUUACUCCUAUUAUCAAAAUAUGGGAGCUCAGAAUCCAAACGCCAAUCAACCAACCGAACCAUUGAGCACAAACAAUCAAGUGAGCACUCCUCUACCAAAUAAUAAUAAUAAUAAUAUUAGCAAUAUCCCAAAUUUUAAUAAUAUAUAUCAAUCUAAACAAAAAAUAUAA